GUCUUUUUAGCCCUUCCCAUUUCAUACCACAUAUCUAAAACUCACAGCAGGCAUGUCCACUUUAUCAUGCCAGACAUGCUCUUCUACUCUACUCCCCUCUCACCUCGCAUCAGCUUUUUCACCUACCUGCUGUAACAACCCGAUCUGCUCAAGAUGUUUAGAGAAAAACCCGAGAUUGAGGGAGUAUGUUCCCUGUUUAAGAUGCGGCGAUCCUAGAAAUGCGAUGUCGGGCGGUGCUUCUUCACAUCAGGAUAGGAGAGGGCAAAGAGGGGAAGUAGUUUUUGAUGUGACCGACUUAGGACUAGAUUUGGGCCUGGGUUUGGAUGAGCACAACGGAGCGGAGGAAGACGAGAUUGAUGCGCUGCCACCUCCUCCUGGAUAUGAUGAGGUUGUGGUUGAGACGGAGCGUAUGGAAUUUACGCCAACUGCUGGAGUUCCGAGUAUAGAAAAAGUUGAAAACAACAUUGGUGACAGCAUUGGUGGCUCUAGCUCCUCUUCGGAACCAUCUAGGCUUGAUUCUUUUGUCCCUACGAAAAAUGUUCAAGAUAGUUCUCAUAUCCAGAAGAAGGCGAACACCAAUACAGAGACAGUACAAGUCAUUCAUAAAAUCCAACGAGGUGAUACAUUACUCUCGAUAGCGAGAAAAUACGCCGCAGACCCACAUGAAAUCAUAUAUCUCAAUUCCCUUCCACCUUCAGCACUCACUUCCUAUCCUCGGAUCUUACAAACUCGUAAAAGUCUAAUCAUCUCGCAACGUUCCAUCCCCUGGAUCCCUUCCUCCGGAUCUCCAACAGAGCAUAUGCAUAUAGGGGAAGAAGGGACCGAAAAAGAGACGGAGGAGCGAAGAAGACAGAGGCAGGAGAAGAGAUUUCAAUUAUUAACCAAAUCUACAGACCCCGAGAUAGGACGUGCUUACAUCGGUGUGGAAGAAAUUGAGGAGAAGAACUUGUACUCGAGCUUGGAUACGAACCCGAAUCCACGCCAUCCACUUGAAUACUCUACCGGUGAAUCUCUCGAUCGUCCCCACCAUCAAUCUAACCCGAUAAAGCAUAUUGUCGGCGGAAUUGAGAAUGAGAUGGAAAAGAGUAAGAAGAUGGUAGUUCCGGAAGAAGGAAAUAGGGAGGAAAGAGCACUUGGGAGGUUUUGGGACGAUGAAUUAUGGGAAGUAGAAAAUGGGACUUCUUUAGAUAAGGAGAGGAGAAAAAUCGGCAAGUGGAAUGUCGUCGGCGGAGAUAUCGCUAUCAACUUUACUCCUCCUGGGCUCUCGUCGAAGGCCGUGAAGAACUAGGCGUUAUUGCCGCAUCUCUGUGGUAUGGUUUGUUUGUAGUGUUGUAUGAUAAUAUCUGUAUUCUUUGCAUGUUGGUAAGCG